AUGGUCACGAAUAAGGGUGCUGGAAGAGCGGUGUCUGGUGUUGGGUUUGAGGAGUACAGGGUGGGUGAUUUUAACCAUUGGUUACAAAGGAAUGUUGUUAGUACUAAGAAUUGGGUUCAAAUUCGGAGUUGUUUGGUUGACACUAAAGUUUGUGCGUCGUUGGAUCGUGUUUAUACUAAUCAUGGUCUUGAUUUUCUCAACAAAAACUUGUCUCCAAUUCAGUCAAGCUGUUGCAAGCCACCAACGUCAUGUGGGUUUACCCCUAAGAACGCAACCUAUUGGGAGGUUCCGAAGACAGGGCCGGCCUCAUCGGAUUCCGACUGCAAUGCAUGGAGCAACAACAAGGACAAGUUGUGCUACGAUUGCAAGUCUUGCAAGGCAGGUGUACUAGCCAAUCUUAGGGAGGAGUGGCGCCAUUUCUUGAUCUUCAAUAUCACAAUCUUUAUCAUUCUCUUUGUCAUUUAUAUGUUUGGUUGUUGCGCAAUCCGUAAUAGUUAUAAUCGUUCUUCUUCCAACAAGCACCCUUAG